AUGGACCAGGCCGUGGGCGACCUGAAGCAGGCGCUGUCCUGCGUGGCCGAGACGCCGACCGUCCAUGUGGAGGUGCACCAGCGAGCGGCAGCAAAAAAAGAAGAUAUAAAGCAGAGUGUUAAAAAGCUGCUUUACAGACAUAAUAUUGUGUUUGGUGAUUACACAUGGACUGAGUUUGAUGAACCUUUUCUGACCAGAAAUGUGCAGUCUGUGUCUAUUGUUGACACAGAAUUAAAGGUUAAAGACUCACAGCCCAUCAAUUUGAGUAUGUGCACUAUUGCACUUCACAUCUUCCACCUGAAUGAAGAUGGCCCCACCAGUGAAAAUUUGGAAGAAGAGACAGAAAAUAUAAUUGCUGCAAAUCACUGGGUUCUGCCUGCAGCUGAAUUCCAUGGGCUGUGGGACAGCCUGGUGUAUGAUGUAGAAGUUAAAUCUCAUCUCCUCGAUUAUGUGAUGACUGCGCUACUGUUUUCAGACAGGAAUGUUGACAGCAAUCUCAUCACCUGGAACCGGGUAGUGCUGCUUCACGGUCCUCCAGGAACUGGGAAAACAUCCCUGUGUAGAGCCCUUGCCCAGAAAUUGACCAUUCGACUUUCAAGCAGGUACCGGUAUGGCCAGUUAAUUGAAAUAAACAGCCAUAGCCUCUUUUCUAAGUGGUUUUCAGAAAGUGGCAAGCUAGUAACUAAGAUGUUCCAGAAGAUCCAGGAUCUAAUUGAUGACAAAGAUGCUCUGGUGUUCGUGCUGAUCGAUGAGGUGGAGAGCCUCACAGCUUCCCGCAAUGCCUGUAGGGCAGGCACUGAGCCUUCAGAUGCCAUCCGUGUGGUCAAUGCUGUCUUGACCCAAAUCGAUCAAAUUAAAAGGCACUCCAACGUGGUGAUACUGACUACUUCCAACAUCACAGAGAGGAUUGACGUGGCCUUUGUGGACAGGGCUGACAUCAGGCAGUAUAUUGGACCACCCUCUGUGGCAGCCAUCUUCAAAAUCUACCUUUCUUGUUUGGAAGAACUGAUGAAGUGUCAGAUCAUAUACCCUCGCCAGCAGCUGCUGACCCUCCGCGAGCUGGAGAUGAUUGGCUUCAUUGAAAACAACGUGUCAAAGUUGAGCCUCCUUUUGAGUGAAAUUUCAAGGAAGAGUGAGGGCCUCAGCGGCCGUGUCCUAAGAAAACUCCCUUUUCUGGCUCAUGCGCUGUACAUUCAGGCUCCCACCGUCACCAUCGAGGGUUUCCUCCAGGCCCUGUCUCUGGCAGUGGACAAGCAGUUUGAAGAGAGAAAGAAGCUUUCCUCUUGUGAUUGAGCUAGGCCCCCUACCUGUGCUUUUCAAAUCAUGACUACAGCCAGUGAGGUCACUUCCCCGGGAAUCCCCAUACAGCAUGGCAUAAAUGUGCAGCACCAAGCAUUAAAAGAAGUGUGCUGUAUUUACAAAUUUCUAAAUGGAAAUUAGAAGGCAAGUGGCCUGUCAUUUUCACUGUUUUAAAGGGUAAUAGUUCAAGUUCU